AUGACAAUGGCUAUCAGUGAAAUGCUCAUUGAACAAAACAAUGCUACAGUUGCAUUCCUACAAGCAAAAGAUGCUUCUAGCGCUCUCGAAUCGUCCAUACUUGCAUUGACCAACAGCAGUCGAAUAUACGAUGAACAGCAAAUCAGCACAUAUCAAACAAGAGGUGGAAUCUUGGAUGAGUUCAUGCUUUUCUCUGCUACUGACAACGAAUCUGUCAAUGCAGCGAGCGGUACUUUCAUCUACGAACACGCUGUGAUCAUUCCCACCACAAUAGAGAUUGACUCUACAAUGUUGAUAACUAUUCUCAUUUUCAAUGCCGCCCUUGCGCAUCAUGAGAUGGCAGAACGCAGUUUUUGUCAUCCUGACACUCGUAUGCGUCUGUUGCGGAGAGCGAAAAAUUUGUACGAGAUCGCAUACGAAUCAUGUGAUCUGGAACAAAAUCUGUUGUUCCAGUUCGCUCUCAUCAACAACAUUGCGGUGAUCGAACAAGACAUUGGAAAUGUGUCUACUGCAAACCAAUGUUUUGAAUAUCUAAUGUCUCUUCUGAUUGUCUUUGUGGAUCAAGGAUAUGAAAUUCAACUACAGCAUGUCAAGGGUUUUGUUGCUAAUGUACCUCUUGCUAUCAAGAACGCCCCCGCUGCGUGA